GCUCUAACGCAUGGUAUCGAUGUCGUGAUCCUCUGGCCUGUGGUGGUGACAACGGCCCGCUCGGAUCGUUCGGCUUCUGUAACUUUCAGUGCACGAGUUAAGACUAACUUUAUACUUAACCAUCGUCGUGAUGCACGCCUUCAACGCCUUUGGUACCUUGGCUUUAAUUGCAUGCGCUUCUUGCAGUCUGGUCCCAAAGAAGUUCCUGACGCUCUCUAUGGGUGAGAUUAGGCCUACGGGGUGGCUUUAUGACCAGCUCGUUGUCCAAACAAAUGGCGUUGCUGGGCAUAUGCAUGAAUUCUACGAUCUAGUCUCAAAAACCGACUGGGUCGGAGGCGAUUCUUAUUACUCAUACUUGGAGGAGGCGGGCAGUUAUUGGUUCAAUGCAAUGGUUCCAAAUGGCAUCCUUGUCAACCAUACCAUUAUCAUGAAUAAGACUCAAGAGUUCCUCGAUUAUGUCCUGGACCAUCAGGACGAGACUGGAUGGCUAGGCCCCGAGGUAGGAACGAACAAGCCACGUUUCUUGUGGGGAAGGUAUCCAUUCUUUUUCGGCGCGAUCCAAAUGGUCGAGUACAACCCUGCACUGACUGGACGCGUCGAAGGAAAAGGUGUGGACAAAUGGGCACAGACGCGCUGGGAAGAUUUUGUCAUUGUAUUGCAGUGGCUGCAUGACUACCAUCCACAUGGACAGGAGGAUCUUCUCGUGGACACAAUGGUGAGACUCAAAUGGAGCGGUGUUCCAUGGGAGAAGGUGUUUUCUGAAGAGUACUUCCCUACGGUGGCGGUGGAGACGCUUGAAAACCCGUUUGGCCUUGAACUUUCGUGGCAUGGUGUGAACAUAGCAGAAGGCAUGAAGGCUCUGCCCUCUACGUAUCGGUUCACGCACAAUGCGUCGGAUCUACAAGCAGCAAGCGACGGGUGGGAUUUGAUGUUCCGCUAUCACGGAAGACCGUCUGGUGCAUAUGCUGCAGACGAAAUGCUUGCGGGAUUGGAAGCAGUUCGGGGGACUGAGCUAUGCUUAGUCGUGGAACUAAUGUUCUCGGGUGCCUACCUCUAUCAAGUCUCAGGAGACCCAAAGUAUGCAGAUCGGGUCGAAAGGGUGGCUUAUAACGCGCUGCCUGCAACGAUAACUGCAAAUAUGUGGGGGAGACAAUAUCUAGCGCAAUCAAAUCAGAUAGCCGCGAAGAAUAUGACACCGAAUCCAUUCCCAGAAGAUGGGCCUGAAUCAAACAUCUUCGGUCUAGAGCCCAAUUAUCCAUGCUGUACCGUCAAUUUCCCUCAGGGCUGGCCAAAGUACAUCACCAAUGCAUUUUUGGCAACUGGAGAUGGCGAGUCCCUAGUUCAUCUCUUCCUUGGUCCUUUCAGCACGUCCACUGUCCUGGCAAAGGAUAAUGCAGUAUCUGUUGAGGUGGACACCCAAUAUCCGUUCAGUGAUACACUCAGAACGACUAUUACGGCGACGAAAACCUUUACUUACUUCGUUCGUAUCCCGAAUUGGGUUACUGGCGGAACGAUUUCGCCCGUCGAUAUUGGUCCAGGGACCACUGAAUUCGUGCUAGAACUUCCUGCAGAUGUUACCACCGAGGUCAGACCCCACGGAUCCGUAGCGGUUCACAGAGGACCUCUGAAUUAUGCCUUUGAUAGUACGUUGACCGCCUCGUUCUACAGUCGCUUCGCUGACGCAGUUCUCUUGUUUCCUUUCAGUCAGACGUUCAGAGACAGUUCUCAAGACCGAUCCACGUCAAAGCCUUGCUGUGGAUCUCCAAUAUGACGCUAUGGAGGACUGGGAAUUUGCCAUCGAUCCUUCGACGUUGAAGUUCCAUCAGCGUCGCGUCUCUAAUUUGCCUUCGCCAGUUUGGGAUUACGGGCUGUCUCCAGUAACGAUCACUGCAACGGCUUGUCUCAUCGAUUGGCCUGUAGAUGGCGAUAUGUUUGCUGCCAGUCCGCCGGAAAAUCCGGACUGUGUUGGACCUGAGAGGGUAAUUGAGCUCUCUCCGUUUGGGGUGACAAAGCUGCGUAUUAGUGAAUUUCCGGUCUUUGAGUCAAAGGAUGGGGAUGAUAUGUAUUUGGAGCAGAUUCCUAUGCGCGGUAGGAGACUAUGAUGUCAAGCAUAAUGAAAACAGAAUCAUAGACACA